AUGAUAAGAAAACAGAAGAAAACUGAAGAAACAUAUUCCACUUUCAGCGGAAUAUUGAGGACACUUCAACCAGGGUUGCUGGAACAAUUGGCAUUCGGUACUGAUGACGAACAGGUCCUAAUAUCAGGAUUUCAAAAUAACUUUGAUAGAUCAAUCAACCUACUCUAUGAAUUACAUUUGCAGAAAAAUGUUGAGAAGAAGCUGCAAGAAUUGCAAAUCCCAAAACAAAGGAAGAGCGAAAUUGUGGCUGAUAUCUUUGGAAGGAUGCGUUCUGGUGUUUUAGAAAGAGAUCUUACGGAUUCUAAGAGUGAAGAAGACUUUGAUGCAAUGCUUACCAACCUUGAGGAAAGAUGGUCGGCUUUGGAUGCUAAUGGUAAAGUCUUUUUCCAAUGGUUUAAUUCCAAGAAACGCAAUGAAUUCCUCAACUCAGUCAUCAGCCCAGUACGGCAAAGAGCUGGUCUUGGUUGCCCUCCUGAGCGAUUCACAACAAACUGUUCGGAACAAACAAAUUGA